CUCUAAGCGCAGCCUUGGCCGAGCGUCCCGGCUGCGACUUUCUCUCAGACUCCAUGAAGGAGCUCUGAGGAGGAGGAGGCAGCCGUCGCACUGCUGGACCCGGGACGUCUGGGAUGCUGUGACACGUUGUGGUUUCCACCCGGAUCAUAUUUGUGUGUUUCUGAGAAAACCAAACAAACACACCUCGGAUUUGGAGGAAUCCAUCAGUCGGAUGCGAGCAGAGCUACGUCCCACUUCAUCAUGGGCCCCAUACCACUUUGUGUCCUGCUGCAAAUGAUGGUGCUGGCUGUGGCUGCGGACAACACCAUCGAUGACCAGUACACCUGGCCACAAUGGAAGGUACCACUGUUGAGGAGAAAGCGGACCGUGCCUCUCAGCAGCCCAAACUUCUUAGCCCACCCUCCGGAUGAGCUGAGUGGGACCUGUGGGAUCGAGUGCCAGCGCCACCUUCCUUCACCCACUCUGAACGACUUGGAGAAGCUGCUGUCCUAUGAAACGGUCUACGAGAAUGGCACACGCACAUAUACCUCCGUUUCAGUCCAUGGCCUCAACGAGGAAAUGGUCUGGUCCAAAAACGCAUCGUCUAACUCCCGCCACAAGCGAGAGGUGUACGGCACUGACACCCGUUUCACCAUCACCGAUAAACAGUACUCCACCAAAUAUCCCUUCUCCACCUCUGUGAAGAUCUCCACAGGAUGCUCUGGAGUUCUGAUUACACCUAAACACGUGCUGACAGCUGCUCACUGCAUCCAUGAUGGGACGGACUAUUUGGAUGGAGUUCAGAAGCUACGAGUUGGAAUUCUGAAGGAGAAGACCAGACGAGGGAAAGAAGGCAAAGGAAGAGGAGGGAGAGAAAAGGGCAAAAGAAGAAAAGGAGAGAAAACAGUCGAAGAAGUGCCGGAAAAGGAUGACAAUGGUGGGAAAAAGGACCGUAAAGGAAAAGGAAAAUACAGGAAGAGCCGGAGUCGUCGAAGUGUGGAAUCUGGGAAACCUUCAUUUAAGUGGACCAAAGUCAAACAGACCCAGGUUCCUAAGGGCUGGUUCAAAGGUGUCGCUGAUGGACUGGCUGCAGACUACGACUACGCUGUUCUGGAGCUAAAGAAAGCCCCAAAAGUGAAGUUCAUGGACCUGGGUAUCAUUCCCUCAGUGAAGGAGCUUCCUGCUGGGAGGAUCCACUUCUCCGGCUUUGAUGAUGACCGACCGGGUAACCUGGUGUACCGGUUCUGCUCCGUGUCUGAAGAAUCCAGUGACUUGUUCUAUCAGUACUGCGAUGCCAAACCCGGCUCCAGCGGCUCUGGAGUUUACAUCUGCCUCAAAGAGCCAGGCAAGAAGAAGUGGAAAAGAAAGAUUAUUGGCGUUUUCUCUGGUCACCAGUGGGUGGAUGUUAAUAGGAACGGGGAGCAGCAGGAUUACAAUGUAGCUGUGAGGAUAACGCCCCUCAAAUAUGCUCAGAUCUGCUACUGGGUCCACGGGGACACGAGUGAGUGUCGGGCAGCCUGAGAUGACACGCCUUUCAUCUCCUCGGACCUCUCCCUCCUGUUCUCUUCAUAUGACUCAGCAACACUGAUCAACAUAAACUCGCACGUGACCAAGCAAACCUAACUCCAACUCGUUACUAUGUCAAGAAAACUUUUUUAUAAUUUAUUUGUUUGAGAAAAGUUCUGAGAAAAUAAAUAUCUAUAAAGGAUUUUUCCAUUCUGCAUGUUCAUGUUGACCUCUGUUUCUUUUUAGGGGUAAAUUGAAUUGUAUGAAAACAAUGUUUACGAUGAUUUUAGGAAGCCAUCCAGAGUGGGUCAAAGGUCAAAGUGCACCUUGUGCUUUAAAUUAUAAGUUCAUUAGAAGCAGCCUGCCCCCUACAGGGCGACCCAGAGCUGGAUGUGUGAGGGGCCUAUGCGUCCCUAAUCAGAUGGCCUUAGGGAGCUGUUUCAUUUGCAUCACAGCUGUCCGAAGAGAUCAGGCUGCAGGCAUCUAACGAGAGACCCGGGGCCAUUUGGGCCCUUGUUGCAUUUCUCUAACAGUUGAAUCUUUUCUCUCCAGCAGGAUGUUGAUGUUGAUCCACACUUUUAACAUUUCAUGUCAGGUUUUAUUAUUAUGACGCCUACGUUUGGGCAGUGCAAAUAAAAACUGAAUGAUAAAAUAACUUUUGCAAGUUUAAAUUUAAAAUAAAUAUCUAUGAUAACUUGAUCAUUGGACCCCCAUCUUAAAAGUUUUGCUCUAAAGUCUGAGCACACAGAGGGUCAUCCAGGCCUACUAGACCUAAACCCAUCUAAUAAAAAUCCUCUAACUAUAAAGGACUGCGCUGGAUGGACUUUAGCUUUAAAUGUUGCUACUUUUUUAUACCUACUAGGCAUUAAAUGAUUGACAUGAGAUUUGCAUUUUGAUCUGUGUACAAACAAAUUACAAGACUAGGUGGUUUUAUGAUUUUUGUAUAUCUAGAACUUUUUAUUAGUUGCUUUACUUUAUCAAGUCAAAUGUUCUAUCUAGAGAGAGAAAGGGGUCCUUAGAGGCUGCAGAGUGAAGUUUGUUGUUGUCUGAUUUGAUUUGUCCUACUUUCUGUUUGCAACACAGUGAAAUGUGGUUUCAUUGCUGUGCACAUAACCAUCCCCUGAAAACCAUGGUGCUAAUUUAUGAGACUGUAAAGUCUUUUUUCUUCUUUUUCGAAGAUUUCUUAGAAAAUAUUUUGAUGGCUUGAAACUGUACCUUAGGAUUUAAUGUGAGGCUUUGGAGCAAUGGGACUGAACCAUUUAGUUAUGUACCUGAGCUCUUUAUAUUUCCCUGUUUUUAAAAGUGUAAAUGAGAUUUUUAAAACUACAACAUUGUUUAUAACGAGUUAAAAUCAGAAUGAAACAACUUUUGGCAUAUCUUGUUAUUUUAAUUAAAAAGAAAACAACUCUAGACUGUUGAUUACUGACCAUCCACCAAAUAAUGUAUUGGUUUGUAGCUGGUGAUCAACUAAAUGUGGGGAACAAGACUUUCUGAAAUUCAAACCAACAACAGGAGGGAGAAGAACCAUUGCUGAAUGGUUAUAUUUCAGAGAAUGCUGAUCUGGGAUUCUCACCCACAACCAUCUUCAUGGUUUCCUGGGAAUCUCCAGUGUGCAGCAGGUGUGUGGAAGAAAAUGUCUUUGAUGUCAGAGCAGACUGGCUCUAGAUGACAGAGCAGCAGAUCUAACAACCACUGUUUCCUACCAAGGUCUGUAGAAGGGCAUCUCUGAACCACAUCAUGAUGAACCUUGAAGCAGAUGGACUCCAGCAGCAGAAGACCACACCAGGUGUCUCUCCUGUCAGCCAAGAGUGGGAAACUGAGGAUACAAUUCACACAGGGUCACCAGUAGAGACUGGAAAAGCUUUCCUGCUCUGAUGAGUAUGGAUCUCAGCUACAACAUUUGGGUCAGAAUUCUUUGAGACCAACAUGAAAGUAUAGAUCCAUCCUGCCUUGCAUCAAUGCUUCAGACAAGCUGCUGGUGAGAGAUGAUGGUGUGAGGAGAUAUUAUUGUCCUACUUUGGACCACCUGGCACCACCUGAGCCUGGUUUAAACACCACAGCCUAUUGUCGCUGACCAUGUCCACCCCUUUAUGACCACAUGGACCAUCUUCUGAUGGCUACUUCCAGCAAAAUAAAGCACCAUGUCACAAAGCUCAGAUCAUCUCUAACUGGUUUCCAGUGACUGCCACAGUCACCAGAUCUGAGUCCAGUCCAGGACCUUUGGGAUGCAGUGGAACAGAAGAGUCUCAUCAUGAAUGGAGCUGGUGCUGCCAUGUCCGUAUGGACCAGAACAUCUGCGCAAGGUUACUGACUUUUUGUUGAAACUGUGGUGUGAAGAAUUAGAGCUGACGGUUCUUUGUUUCUGUCCACAAAAGUUUGGUUAUCCAAACAUUUCUUAAAAAGAAAUAUGUAACAAAAAAACUUCCCCUCAAACAGACAUUACACAACAUUUAGAAUGAUUAAUAGUACACGUGUACUUUUUCCUAAUUAGCAUCAUGAUGUACCUUUCAGACCCUCAAAAAUGCAGAUAGUUACCUCAAAGUCAGCUCUAGAGUAAGAAUAAGUCCAAACACCUUGUGUUUUGACUGGGUUGUAAAAAAAAAGCUAGAGAACAAAGUUAGGUCAGAUGUAUCAGCGAUUAAGUUAAAAAGUGUAAUUUUUUGAAGAUAAAGCUUUACUGAAAGCCAACAUAAUUAGGGUAGAAAGAAACGCUAUUUGAUGUUUGGCACAAAAUUUCAAGCAGCAAACGGUGAGAAAACUGAACAUAUACUAUUUUAACUGUUGUUUUACAGAAUUAGUAAUAAAGUCUUGUUUCUGUAUAAUUAAAUAAAGUUAGCAUAUUGCAUCAAAUAAAAGAAAAUAUUUUAUAAAUUCAUUGUUCACAUAUAUUUACUGUCCAGUUCAUAAUCAAAUACCCUGUGUGCUAAUUGAGACAUAAUCAAUGUAUGUAUUCUAAAAUAACAAUAAAGGAAAACAUGAAAAAGCAGAUUAAUCCGUCAUCCAAUUUAUUGCAUCUCAAGGGGUUUAACAUGCACUGGGAGUGGCUACUGUAAAGAAAAUAAAUAUACAACAAUUUGCAAUUUUCAGUCAUGAAAAAAGCAAUAAUCUCCCAUUAUUUACUGUCACAACCAAUCCACAAACAUGACAGAGAACACACACACACACACACACACACACACACACACACACACACACACACACACACACACACACACACACACACACACACACACACACACACACACACACACACACACACACACACACACACACACACACAGAAAA